AUGGGCGGCGACACGGAAAAAAACAACGCCGACCACCUCGAACACCCCAACGAGGCUCGGGCUCAACUGGCCAACCUGGGAAACGCUGAAGAGCACGACUUGGGAAAGUGGGAGUCCUUCAGAAAGUACCCGAAGGCAUCGUUCUGGUGUAUCUACGCAGUAUGGUGUGUCUUGGUCUUGAGUUUCGAGAACCAAGCAGGAGGAAGUAUUCUGUCCAUUCCUGAGUUCCGCAAAGACUUCGGACAUUUCUACAACGGCGAAUAUGUUUUGGACACGAAAUGGCAGGGUGCUUUCAACGGUGCCCCUGUUGCCUCUGCUGUCAUCGGUGCCUUGGGUAGCGGUAAUCUUGCGGAUUGGCUCGGCCGAAAGACCGUGAUUAUGAUUGCUCUCGCUUUCUCCUUCGUCGGAAUCACCUUGGAAUUUGUCGCAACCACCAAUGAAGUUUUCUUCGGCGGCAAGUUCAUCAACGGUUUCGCCAUCGGUGCCCUCGGAUCAGUUACCGUCACAUACAUCGGAGAGAUCACCCCCCUUGCUCUUCGCGGUCUUUUCACUUGUCUCACGGGUCUCUCCUAUACUCUCGGUCCUCUGAUCGUUGCCGUUAUCAUCAACGAAACCGGAACCCUCAACAGCCGCUGGGCUUACCGGGCCGUCUUUUGCGGCCAAUACGGAUUUGCCGCCAUCGCUGCUUCGAUGAUCUGGGCUAUGCCCGAAAGUCCCUGGUACCUUGCCAUUAAGGGAAAGCAGGAACAGGCGUUGAAGAGUCUGGCGAAACUCGGACACACCGGAGAGGAAGGCAGAGUUCGUCUCGCCGUGAUUAACCAGACGCUCGACCAAGUCAAGAGCGAGACCGCCGGCGCCAGCUACAUUGAGUGUUUCCGCAAGUCCAACCUCCGACGCACGAUUAUUUCCAUCUCCCCUCUCUGCAUCCAGAGUCUGUCCGGAAUCACGUUUGCCGCAAGCUACAGCACGUACUACAUGCAACUUGCUGGAUACAGCACGGCCGAGAGUUUCAAGCUCCAGAUCGUCCAGCAAGUCAUUUCCCUUAUCGGCAACGUUAUGUCCUGGUACUUGGUCGACAGAAUGGGACGUCGCAGCCUGACGGUGAACGGUCUGGCUAUCCUGACCGUGAUCCUGCUCGUUACCGGCGGGUUGGCUAUGCCUGGAACGCUUGCCACGAACAAGGGUACCGUCGCCCUUAUUCUCUUGUACUGCUGGUGGUACAACGUCACCAUCGGUGCUACGGCAUACACAGUCCUUGCAGAGGUUUCAACCUCGAGACUCCGUGUCAAGACCGUUGCCAUCGGUCUUGCACUCCAGAAGGCUCUGGAGACCAUGUGGAACUUUGUUCUGCCCUAUCUCUUCAACCCAGACAAACUGAACCUUGGCGCCAAGAUUGCCUUUAUCUUUGGUGGCCUGUCGGUCAUUUCGUUGGUUCACUUGUGGUUCAACCUCCCCGAAACAGCUGGAAGAACUUACGAGGAGCUGGAUGAGUUGUUCAUGAAGGAAGUCCCUGCUCGCAAGUUCAAGGGUUAUACCACUGAGGUCACGGUUAGAGGCGAGGCCGUCAAGACGGCUCUUGGCAAGGAGGAGAACUUGUAA